AAAAAAGGUUCUCGCUUUUUAUCUCCGAUCGGAUUUGCUCGGAAUCGAAAACCUGAAUUUCUGUGUUUUCCGGUGUCAGAAUGGGGCUAUGGGAUGCUUUUCUCAAUUGGCUUCGGAGUCUAUUUUUCAAGCAAGAAAUGGAGUUAUCGUUGAUAGGCCUUCAGAAUGCCGGAAAAACAUCGUUGGUUAAUGUUGUUGCGACUGGUGGAUAUAGUGAAGACAUGAUCCCAACAGUAGGCUUUAACAUGAGGAAGGUAACUAAAGGGAAUGUAACAAUAAAAUUAUGGGAUCUUGGAGGUCAACCAAGGUUCCGCAGCAUGUGGGAGAGAUACUGCCGUGCAGUUUCAGCUAUUGUUUAUGUUGUGGAUGCUGCUGACAAUGAUAACUUACCUGUCUCAAGAAGAGAACUUCACGACCUGUUAAGUAAGCCCUCGCUGAAUGGUAUUCCCUUGCUGGUACUGGGGAACAAGAUUGACAAACCAGGGGCAUUAAGUAAGCAGGACCUCACUGAACAAAUGGAUCUGAAGUCCAUUACUGAUAGAGAAGUUUGCUGUUACAUGAUUUCAUGCAAGAACUCAACCAACAUUGAUACGGUUAUUGAUUGGCUCGUAAAGCAUUCAAAAUCAAAGAAUUGAGUCUCCAUUCCUGCGCUUCUCAGCUGUCAUUGGGCACCAGUCAAGUCAUCAUGGCUCUCUUUCAAGGCAGGCAGAUGUAGCUUUCCUGUCUGUUUAACCCGGUUUUUUGCUGUUUGACUGACUGCUGUUUAAGUCUUCUCAACUAGCUUGAAACACAUCAUUUGUUGUUUUGGGUUCACAUGUGAGAUUGGUUGAGUUUUGGGAAUAGAUCUAUAUGAGCCUUUUAUGUGCAGAUGUGAAUGUGAGCAGCGAUGAAUUUGAACCUCGGUACAUAUGUUGUGGUUUUGAGUGAAGUAAUGGUCUUGAUGUAAUUAUUCAAAUGCCUAAUUAUUGUUAUUGCCUGAAUUAUAUAGUGGUGGUUUUGAAGUCUAUGUUUUUUUUGGUGGGAUACAUGAUUAGAGUUAGGUAUAAUUGUUAUUGUAAUUAAAACUCAAAUUCAACC